AUGCAGCCACUUUGGAAAGUCCUCUCUUUUGUUCUGGUUUUUGUUGAGCUCAGCGUCCCCCUGGAGUCCUGUCCACCUUGCUGCAGGUGCAGCCGGGACAUCAAGAGCGUGUCGUGUUCGGGGGUCAAGGUUCUGCCUGUUUUCCACUCCUGCACGCAGGAGGUAUACAUAUCUGAUGAUUAUUCCUUACGAUCUCUGGAAAGGCAUUCUUUCCACAACCUGUCCAGGAUCGUGCACAUACAGCUAACUGGUAUCAAAACCCUGUCAAACAUUCACCAGGAGGCAUUCAAGGAUCUUCCAAAUUUAAAAUACCUCGGGAUCACCAACACGGGCCUGGCCUCUUUUCCUGGACUACAGCACAUCCAGUCACAGCAGCAGGACUUCAUUUUGGAAAUAGUGGAGAACCUUUUCUUACAAGUCAUUCCUGCCAACUCUUUUGCUGGGAUAUCGCUGAGUGCUCUGACCGUCAUGCUGAACAGCAACGGUGUGAGAGAGAUCCAGCGUUACGCUUUCAACGGCAGCAGUCUGGAGGAAGUGUUCCUUCACAGAAAUGCUGAGUUGGAAUAUAUCGAUAAAUUUGCAUUUGAUGGCGUGAUUCAUGGACCAACUCAUUUAGACCUUUCAGACACCAAAGUCCGCUCCCUGCCCUCAAUAGGUCUGGACACCAUUGAAAAGCUGCAAGUUAAAAGAACAUGGACCCUUGAGUCGCUGCCCCCCUUUAGUGCCUUUUCUCAUUUGAGGAGCGCUGAACUGACCUUUGCAAGUCACUGCUGCGGUCUAGCAAUGCUGAAAAGGUGGAGAGGGCACUUGGAGGGAGUUAUCUGCAACCUGACACAGGCAGAGAAACGGGAAUCCUCUGCAGCUCUCCCACAGAGUUAUCAAGGACACCAAAACCCCCAACAUCUGCAGGACAACUUUGAUUUCCCAACUGCCAAAAAAACAAGACACAAUUCAAGCAACGGCAGCCUCGUUUGCCCGACCGACCAGUCCCAGAGCGAGGGGUCGUUUUCUGUGGAUUUAUUUACAGACGAUCUCAGAGAUGACACUUACCUCUCUCUGUGUAAUGAACUUUCGAUGGACAGUGGGCCCUGGUGCACACCUGUACCGGACGCCCUGAACCCCUGUGAAGAUGUGAUGAGUCGAGGUUUCCUGAAGGUGCUGGUCUGGGUUGUCAGUUUGUUGGCCAUUUCAGCUAACCUGUUAGUGCUGGUAAUCCUGCUGACGUCCCAACAGAAGCUGUCCGUCACCCGUUUCCUCAUAGGUCACCUGGCCUUCGCAGACAGCUGUAUGGGAGUGUACUUACUGCUCAUUGCAACUGUGGACUUCUACACACGUUCACAUUAUCACCAUUAUGCAAUUUCCUGGCAAACAGGAAGUGGCUGCAGCCUGGCGGGGAUGCUGUCGGUGUUCGCCAGUGAGCUGUCCGUUUACACGUUGAGCGUGAUCACCCUCCAGCGUUGGCAUGCCAUCGCUAAUGCCAUGAGGCUAGAGAGAAAGAUGCGCUUGCGGCAUGCAAUGGUGCUGAUGCUCCUGGGCUGGUUGCUUUGUGCAACCGCAGCCCUGCUGCCAGUUUUUGGCGUGAACACGUACCAGAAGGCGAGCAUCUGCCUGCCUGUGGACACUGAGACCCCCGCUGCCCGGGCCUACGUCAUUUCCGUCCUGCUCAUGAAUGUGAUUGCUUUCAUGGUGGUGUGCUUGUGUUACCUCCACAUCUACUGUAUGGUGCACAACCCCCAGCAUGACUCCAGUAGGUCUGACACCAGCAUGGCCAAACGCAUGGCUCUGCUCAUCUUUACCAACUUCCUGUGUCUGGCUCCCAUCUGUUUCCACGGCUUGUCUGCAGCUUUCCACCAACCGCUCAUGACCAUCACAGACUCCAAGGUGCUGCUGGUGCUUUUCUAUCCCCUCAACUCUUGUGUCAACCCAUUUUUUUAUUCAAUCCUGACAAAGGCGUUUCACAGAGACAUCCUGAUGCUGCUGAGUCGGAUGGGGUUGUGCCGACAGCAGGCUCACCUCUAUCGGAGCCAGCUACUCAGUGUUACGCCCCACAAUUACAGGGAGACGAUGCCAACCAGGACCACCACCUGAACAAUAAUAUCUCAACUACAGGGCUUUAGAAAUUUGAUUCAUAUUUCUUAUAGGAGUAGCAGGAGACAUUUAAAAUAUUUAGUAAUACAUGUUUUUUUAAAAGAAAUUGAACCACACACAUAGUAGGGCAACA